AUGGAAACAUUCAGCGAGACAAAUUUAAAGAAACACAUCAGAUUUUUAAAGAGACACUUGUCAUUGUUACCGGCAUCACAUCAGCAUUUCGAUGUAAAUUUAAUAGCUAUUGUAUUUUAUGCACUAGAAUCACUUUCUGCACUAGGUCAAGACAUUGAAACAUCGUACCAUGACAAUAUCCAAUGGAUACGGAACAAUUACAUUUCCAAAACGAUAUGUGAAGAAAAAAUAUCUGGCUUUGUAGGUGGUCAAACUUUGAAUAUUCCUAAUGCAAUUACGCUAAGCUUACCGAACACGCUUUUUGGAUUAUUGACCCUCAUCUUAUUAAAUGAUAAGGAAUUUUUCGACAAAAUUCUUGAUAAGGAAUCUUUAUCAAGAUUUGUAUCUAGAUGUCAACUAAAAGAAAAUGGGUCAUUUGUGUCAGUAUUAGAUUACAAGUUAGGUUCUCCCUCUCCUGUCGAUUCACAUGAUCUUAGAUUCAGCUACAUAGCAGUUACAAUCUUAUACAUACUUGGUUGUCGAAAAGAGGGAGACUUUGCUAAAUAUAUCGACACUAAAAGCUUGAUAAAAUAUAUUUUGAGCCAAUCAUGCAUAUCUGGUGGGUUCGGUGCCUUUGACGAACCUCACGCAGGUUAUACCUCAUGUGCGCUGUCAGCACUAAGGUUAUUAAACAGGCUGGAUGUAAUCCCACCGAGUCACAGAGAAAGAACAAUUGACUGGUUAUUGGCCAGACAAGUUAGUAAUGAAGGUUUUAUGGCUGUGCAGGAUGUUUCCAAUGAAUAUUAUGACGAAGAAGACCAUGGUGGCUUCCAAGGUAGGGAAAAUAAAUAUGCCGAUACAUGCUAUGCAUUUUGGUGUGUCAAUUCACUCAGUAUAUUAGAACCUGAUUAUAAGAAGUUAUGUGAUACUGAACUAGUUAAGAAAUACCUAUUAGAGAGGACUCAGGAUAUUUUGACAGGUGGAUUUAUGAAGAAUGAUGAGGAAGAUGCCGACCUGUACCAUACAUGUCUUGGUAUUACAGCUCUGAAGUUGAUUGAUGACGAAUGUAAUGGUUUACUUUGCAUCCCAAAACAUGCAGCUUGCAAAUUCAACUUGUAA